GUAUUAAUAUGUAUGGCCAUAUGGGUUAUCACCAAAUGUUCUUUUGUUAGAUUCACUCCUCAGCUUUUGCUGAGCGUGUAGUUGUUUUUGCUACACGCAGGUAGACAUGACGGUGCGGGUGCUAACCCUGGAGGACAGUGAUGCCUUUCUUCCUCCAUUAUCUCAUGCAUCAGUGUGCUCAAUACAUAUACAACCUCAAUAUGGUGAGAAAGAAGUGCAUCUUCUUUUACCAACGAUAGAAGUUCUGACCUUCGAAUUUUAUAGUUUUGAGAACUUACACAGGAGGAAGGCAGUUAGGGCAGACGAGGGGAACGAGAGGCGGAAUCGGACCAGGGGCUGGAGACGCGAACGGAGAACGACGACGCAGCAGAGCAACCGACGACGACUUUUUCUUCAACCAGAACUGCCGGAGGUGGGCUGGCUUCUUCGAUUAGCAUCUGGACACAGAGCAGGGCCGGUGGUUGGCCUUAAUCGUCGAUCGGCUAGCAGCGAGGCAUGGAGGUCCGAUUCCGAACUUAGUGAUUCCGGACGGGUUGUUGUCGUGUCCGGUUCAGUUCCUGUGCCAUGAAAACUCGAACAGUUUGUCGUACAGCAUGAUUCCCUCGUGGCCGCUCAAGCUCACCAUUCUCAAAUUAGACGGAUCUUUUUUAGAUUGAAGUGCCUGGGAAUGGGAUGGUGGCGGCUCUGAAGAAGGCAGUGGAGGCCGCUUUUAGUCAUUUACCUUGCAAGGUAUCAUGGUAUGUAUACAAGGGUCUCAAUAAGCAUUGUGUUAGCAGGUCAUUUACCAUGAAUUUGAUUGGUUACUGGCAUUGUGUUACUAGCUCAAUUAGGGAUGAUUGUCUAUCCCUUUUGGUUAAAUUACUUGAAUUUGUUAAGUUAAGGUUGAAUAUUGCUAACAUCAAUUAGGGCAAAUUGUCUACCCCUAUUGGUAAAAUUUCUUGAAUUUGAUUUGGUUAAUGACUGGAUUUGCUUACAUCGAUUACGACACAUUGUUUAUCCAUAUUGGUGAGAUUGCUUAGAUUUGAUUUUGUUAAUGACUGGACAUUGCUUACAUUGAUCACAGCCCAUCAUCCCAUUUGGUGAACUUUCUUGAAUGCGAUUGUUCCUUGGUAGAAUAAUGUUAACAUUGUUUAGGAGACAUUGUUUAUCCAUGUUGGUGAAAUUUUCUUAAUUUCAUUGGUGAUGGGAGUGGUAAUAAGUAGUAACAUGUGUUAGGGGUUUAUGGCACUUUAAUAAGAGAGUUACGGAGUAUUUGAUUCUUGGCCCCUAAGUUCUUCCAUACAUUCAUUCCACUAUAUUUCUGUAUUAGAAAUCUAAGUUCAAACUUUAAAGCAAUGGUUAGGCUCUAUUUAUCAUUGCUUACUACCCAUAUUUUAUUUGAUUUUUGUUUAUUCAUUAUAUAGUUUAAAGUUAUGCCACCUAGCAUGAGUGUAAGGUAAAUUUGGUGCAAAAUUUGUGAUUACGUUAUCAUGUGCUUAUAAUUUUUUUUGCAUAGAGUUCAACGGCUAAUCAAUCUGAAAUCGAUGAUCUUACAAUUGAUGGUAAUACAACCACUGAGAAAAGUCAUGAUGAAGAUCGAUGAAAUAAAGAUGAUGAAGCUAAGAGCGAUGAACUUGAAGAUGUAGACAAUGACGAGCAUUACAACUUUGGACUAUAUCUUCCAUAUCAAUGUGUAUUUUAAUUUAGUUCACUUUGACUAUUAAUACUUUAGCUUGAAACGUACGCAAAUGAUGAACUAAUUUUGAGAUGUUGGUUUACUUUCUGGUAAAUGGGUUAGAUGUAAUCUUUUGAAAUGUUAUCAUAUUGUGUAUUGUUGUUAAUACAAGUAUAAGUAUUAU